ACUAUGAGAAAGAGAUCGAGACUCUUUUCAGCUGCUUUGGUUCCCAUGUGACCUAGAUGGAGAAUACAUUCAAAAUAGAGUUCCUCCCCAGGCAAUACAAGACAGAAGAGAAAAGCACUGUCAUUUCCGAACAGCAUAGUGCUGGGGUAAAUUCAGUGUGAAAAAGGAAAGCGUCCCAGUGUGUUAGGAUUCUUCCUUCAGAGCUUGGAUUAUUACAGGAGGAGGAUUUCUGAGGAUCUUUUUUUUUUAAACAAAGCUGAUGUUGAAAUGGAAUACGUGGAGUGUGAGCUUUAUAAGGACAACUGAACUUUGACUGCUAAAAUUACUGGAGAAUUUUUCAAAAUGAGUAUUGUUAUGAAGCCAAGAUCCCGAUCUACCAGCUCCCUAAGGACUGCAGAUACAAUGUGUUUUGAUGUAGACAAUGGCACAUCAUCGGGACGGAGUCCCUUGGAUCCCAUGACGAGCCCUGGGUCAGGGCUAAUUCUCCAGGCAAACUUUGUCCACAGUCAACGGAGGGAGUCCUUCCUCUACCGGUCAGAUAGUGACUAUGACCUUUCUCCAAAGUCUAUGUCCAGGAACUCCUCCAUUGCCAGUGACAUACAUGGAGAUGACUUGAUUGUGACACCAUUCGCUCAGGUUCUGGCCAGCCUACGUACUGUACGGAAUAACUUUGCUGCAUUAACCAACUUACAAGAUCGGGCACCCAGCAAACGAUCACCUAUGUGUAACCAACCAUCCAUCAACAAAGCAACCAUUACAGAGGAGGCCUACCAGAAGCUGGCCAGCGAGACCCUGGAGGAGCUGGACUGGUGCCUGGACCAGCUGGAGACCCUGCAGACCAGGCACUCCGUCAGCGAGAUGGCCUCCAACAAGUUUAAAAGAAUGCUCAACCGGGAGCUAACCCACUUAUCUGAAAUGAGCCGGUCUGGCAAUCAGGUCUCGGAAUAUAUAUCUAGCACAUUUUUAGACAAGCAACAUGAAGUGGAAAUACCUUCUCCAACACAGAAAGAGAAAGAGAAAAAGAAGAGACCGAUGUCCCAGAUCAGUGGAGUAAAAAAACUGAUGCAUAGCUCCAGUUUAACUAAUUCUAGUAUCCCCAGAUUUGGAGUUAAAACUGAUCAAGAAGACGGUCUUGCCAAGGAACUAGAAGAUGUGAACAAGUGGGGCCUUCAUGUUUUCAGAAUAGCAGAAUUAUCUGGGAACCGACCUCUGACUGUCAUCAUGCACACCAUUUUUCAGGAACGAGAUUUGUUAAAAACAUUUAAAAUUCCAGUAGAUACUUUAAUAACAUACUUAAUGACCCUGGAAGAUCAUUAUCAUGCAGAUGUUGCAUAUCACAAUAACAUACAUGCUGCAGAUGUUGUUCAGUCUACGCACGUGCUGCUAUCAACCCCAGCUCUAGAGGCAGUGUUCACCGAUUUAGAGAUUCUUGCAGCAAUUUUUGCUAGUGCAAUACAUGAUGUAGAUCACCCUGGAGUUUCAAACCAGUUUCUUAUCAACACAAACUCUGAACUUGCCUUGAUGUACAAUGACUCAUCAGUAUUGGAGAAUCAUCAUUUGGCUGUGGGCUUCAAGUUGCUGCAGGAAGAGAAUUGUGACAUUUUCCAGAAUUUGACCAAAAAACAGAGACAAUCACUGAGGAAAAUGGUCAUUGACAUUGUGCUUGCAACAGACAUGUCUAAACAUAUGAAUCUAUUGGCUGAUUUGAAAACUAUGGUUGAAACCAAAAAAGUGACAAGUUCUGGGGUUCUACUUCUUGAUAACUAUUCAGACAGAAUUCAGGUUCUUCAGAAUAUGGUGCACUGUGCAGAUCUAAGCAAUCCAACCAAGCCACUCCAUCUCUAUCGCCAGUGGACAGACAGAAUAAUGGAAGAGUUCUUCCGUCAAGGAGACAGGGAAAGGGAGAGGGGCAUGGAGAUAAGUCCCAUGUGUGAUAAGCACAAUGCAUCUAUAGAGAAAUCACAGGUGGGGUUUAUAGACUACAUUGUUCAUCCUCUCUGGGAGACAUGGGCAGAUCUUGUACACCCUGAUGCCCAGGACAUCUUAGACACACUGGAGGACAAUCGAGAGUGGUACCAGAGCACAAUCCCUCAGAGUCCCUCUCCUGCACCUGACGAACAGGAAGAGGGUAGGCAGGGCCAAACUGAAAAAUUCCAGUUUGAACUAACAUUGGAAGAAGAUGGUGAGUCAGAUACAGAAAAAGACAGUGGAAGUCAAGUGGAAGAAGAUACCAGCUGCAGUGACUCCAAGACUCUUUGCACCCAGGACUCAGAGUCCACUGAAAUUCCUCUUGACGAGCAAGUCGGGGAAGAAGUGGAAGAGGAGGAGAGCCAGACAGAACCUUGUGUAGUAGAGGAAGAUCAUUCUCCUGACACGUAACAGUGUGAAGACUGAAUCUCUCUCUCCAGCUCUCUGUCUCUCUCUCUUUUUUAAAAAUUAGAAAAUUGUUUUCCAAAGUGCAUGUCAUAUGCUACAACCAUGGUCACACCUCACCAUCAUCUGCCAGAACGCUCGUCGAUCAAAACUGACCUUGAUUACUCUGUAUGGCACUCAGGAAUAUUGUAACCAGAUUCUUCACCUCCAUGGCAUCAGAGAACAAGGGGGAAAACAUCCAUAAACAGCAUAUUAAUAAGAUCUCCACUUGGCAGAUUUGAUUAGAGAGAGCAAGGCUAUUCUUGAAGCAUUUCAGAGGAGUACUGACUGCCAGCAGAAGGCUGGUGUGCUUUGGGAAGUUUAGUUUAGUUUUGUUUUGUUUUCUUUCACAAGCAAAGCAUUGAGUAAUGUUCAUCAUCACCAUUUUAAGAAAACAGCCAGAGAAUGAACUGUGGUUCCUAAUGGAAAGGAAAUGCACAUGGAUAAUGGGACACAACAUGAAUCUGUUACCAAUAGGAAGAUGAGCUGUGGAAAUUGCAUAAUUUUCUAAUUUCAAGUCUUCCUGAUACAUAAACUGAAAAAGUGUGGCCCAGUGGGUUGCACUGACCUCUGCAUUUUGUAUAAUAUGUAAAACAGAGAUCUUUUGUAGAGCUUACUUUUAUUAUUAAAUGUAUUGAGGUAUUAUAUUUAAAGACAAAAACACUUUCACAACUUCAUCUGCCACUGGUUAUUUUUUUCUCCGAAGAGUAACUUGCAAGUUUUCAGUACAGAUCUGUGCUACACUGGAUUAUACCUAGUACAUUUUUUUGCACCUUUGAUUUUCAUAGUAAUGAUUUGAGCUGUAAAAAUCCAUUAUUUUCUAUACCAGUGACUUCCAAUGAGUACUUUUGUAUAGGUUGCAGAAAACCCUUUCAAUAUGAUUAUAUUUACCUUUUUGUUUUGUUUUAAUUAUCAUUUUCCCAGACAUACAACAGAAAUCUGCAUUGACCUCUUGUCCUCACAGUGGACCUAAUCCUGCAUGGACUGUCCCUUGCUUAUGUGUAUAGGCUUUACACACAUGCAUAGUUCCAUGGAAUUCAAUGAGACUUCCAGGGCUUUGCAAGAAGAGUGGGCCCAUCUACUCUGAGAAGUGAAACACCUUUUUAUAUACACACAAUUCUCUCAUUUCCUCAACUCAUUCCAUUAAAACAUCAUUUAAGGCCAUUUUUGACUGCAAACUGUAGAAUGAUAACCGAAAACGGCCUAAUACAAUGUAUGGAAUAUUUGUUUAGGCAAAAAAUUGUAAUCUCUCCUGUCUCCCUUAAUACCUUUUUAUCUGUGUCUGUAGUUUGGGCAGUGACUGCUGUCUAACAAGAUCACGUGUUCACCUCAGAAGUAUGUAUUUCCUAAAAAUAGUCAUAAGCAAAUUUUUUAUAACCCUAUCUUUGUAUGUUACUUUACAGUCUCAAAAUGUUUUCACCCUUGGUCCACACGGCAUUCACAAGAUCCUACUUUUAAGUCUGAUUAGUAUUGAAGCCUUCAGUGUCUUGAAAGGGAAAAAAGAGUAUCAACUCCCAUUUGUCGGUAUCUAGACUGACUAAAAAGUCAUGUAAAGCAAGAAAGAAGUGUCCUCUUUUAGUUGACCCUUCAUUAAGACAGUAGUUUUGAUGAUAGAAGUUGGGAAAUAGUUUCCUAGGGAAGUCAAUUCCCUGUGUGUCAGAUUCUAGUAGAAGGACAGGGUAAUGCUGACUUUUGAACAAAACGAAAUGGAAACAGCAUUUAUUUCCCUUGCUUGAAUUUGGUUGACCCAGUGGAAAUGUAGGAUAUGAAUAGGGGUUAAUACCCAUGUUACAAGCGUAGGGUAAAAACUCGUUUUAAAAAACAAGCUAAUGGUUCAGCAUUCAAGUGCAUUUUGCGUUUUUCUGUAUCCAGCUCAUAGGGUUAUUCCCCUUUAUCCCCGAAAUGGUGUUAGCACAGAACAUACUGAAGGGAGACUGAAAAUGAAAAGAUCUUGCUGUAGUAGCAGUCUUAGGUUCAUUUCUGUCCUUUGUCAUUUUUCCUUGAAUGUUCUACCAUCUAAAAAUCACUUCAAUCCCCAAGAGUGCCUGGAAUUUUAAUAAUGAAAAAAAGCAAUAUAAAUUCCAAAAAUCAAUAUGAACCUGAAAGGGUUUUACAUCUGCACUAAUUGAAAAUAAAGAAACUUAAAGAAAAUACCACCAUAUUUGAAAAAUACACCCACAUACAUGGACAAUCAAAUAGUAGAAAAAGACAUCAUAUCUUAGAGCCAGGGAUCUAAUGCACUGUACAAUCUUUUUCUUUGCCAAAGUGUGUUUUAGCAUUGCACACGGCUUUAAAAACAAUAUCAUUUACAAGUGGCUUUAUGUGUUCUAAAUAUUUUUGCCAUAUGAAAAUGCAAUGAGUUGGGUACUGAAUGGGGAAAAAAAGAAAAACCCAUGUUUGCUUAUAACAGUACACUUUAGCUUGCAAGUUACUGUAUUCAGUAAUGCUGUGUUUGGUUGUUUUAAUUGUUUUUGUGUCAUUGUUAAAAAUAACGAUGAGAGAAUAUAGGUAGAACAAAUUGCAUUCAGCAGUUUAAAAAACUUGAAUGAAAAGGAUUUUACAGAAAGUUUGAAACUUCUUUUAAAUGCAUUAUUUAUUUUAUUUUGUGCCAUCCGUUUUUCUCACCAAAUGACCUUACCUGUAAUACAGUCUUGUUUGUCUCUGUUUACAACCAUGUAUUUAUUGUAAUGUACAUACUGUAAUGUUAAUUGUAAAUUAUCAGUUCUUAUUAUAACAUCAUCCUUGAUAGGGUGGUGUUGCUAUAUUUGGAAACUCUUGGUGAGAGAAUUAAUAUUGUGUAUACAUACUCCUUGUACAUUUUUUCUCCUGUAAUAUAUUCUAUGUCACCUUAGAGCUUGUUUAUGGAAGAUUCAAGAAAAAACUAUAAAAUACUUAACGAUAUAUAAAUAAAAAAGCUGCAGGUCUUUGGUCCCAGGGCUGUGCCUUAACUUUAAACAAUAUUUUCUUCUGUUUUGCUGCAUUUGAAAGUAAGGUAGCUGUGGGACUAGGGCUGGGCAUUUCUCCCAUACUUGUAGUUGUUGAUUGAUUGGGUAACUGGCAUAUGCUAGUAUGUACAACACUCCAAACUACUCUUAUUCAUGACCCCACUGGAAAUUCAAUUUUUUUUCUGUACCCAUGGUAGUAUAACAGUAUUGUCUACCUGAUUUGUUUUUUUGUCCAUGUCUGGAGGCUAUAGUCAGGGAUUAUUAUAGCCAUGUUCAAUUUUAUUAAAUUAACACUGUCAUUUGCAACGGCAAUAUACAUAUGGACUGUACAUCUCACAUUUCUGCUAAGUCAUUUGGCACUUACAUGGGAAAAAUAAAUAAUCUGGAUUCAAGAAUUGUAAUUUAUAUGUAUUAUUAGUUUUACAAUUGUCUGUAAUAUUCCUUCCUUCCUUCGUACUAAGAGAGUGGGUACAGGAUACCACUCUAAAAACAGAAUUCAUAGAGGAGGGCAGGAAAUGCUUUCCAACACUAGUAUUAGUGUUACAAGCAGCCAAAGCUUUCCUUUUGUAUAGAUAUAACUAAGGCUUUGUACAGUUGCCUAUAGUUAGAUGCACUGUCUGUAGGAUGAUUCUAAACCAUUAGAUCUUUUAAUAACACUAGUAUUAGUUUUGCAAAAUUGGACUCUUUAAAGCAUCUCUAGCCUUUUAAACAUCUCAGUUGCUAUAGACCAGUUAGAACCCUUGAUAGUAAUUCACUAGCUAGCAUGACAUAUACCUUUUCUCCAUUCUAUUAAUGCCCAGCCCUUGUAGCAUGUGACUGUUCAGUGAAAGGAGAGAUUCUUUUUCAAGGAAAAACAGAGCCUCCUUUUUGACACAAACUGUAGAUUUUAGCAGCCCUGGCCCAAAGGAAUUUGAUUGCUUUUGUUUUAAAUAGUAUAAAAGGGACACUAUACCGACAGAAAUCCUGAGCAAUUUUUGUUAUUGUUUUAAUUUGGUUUUUCCUUUGGGUAUGUCUUGAGAGUGGCAACAUGUGUGAACAUUGCAAAUGAUGAUUCUUUCAAUGGUUUCUUAGCCACUCUUACAGCCUAUGGGAUAGUACUGUACAUCAAUACCUUCAUAUGAAAUUUUUAUAUGCAAUGGAAAUAAAAGCAUGGGUUGAU